ACCUUGCACAUUUUAGAAGUUGAGAAAAAGCACAUUUGGGAUUCCUCAGGGUGCCAACCAGGAGUCUCUUCUAUUUAAUAUCGAAGAUAAGUAGCUAUGCAAGGGACACACAACUCUACAUUAGUGCCACCAAAGGACUAUUAACCUAUUCAAGCAAUGAGUACAGGCAUGAGCACAAGCAUUUCAAACAAGUCAGUUAAAACUGGUACAAAAACAUAAUUAACUAUCCUGUAGGCUAGCUUGGCCAGUAGGUCAAAAUGUUGGUUUUAUUUAUUUUCCAAUCUUUUUUGUUUCUCUUUUUACAACAUCACUAAACUCGAUAUGCUUUCUCAUAAUUAUUACUGAUAUUAGGUUAAUUUCUGAAGAGGCCUUUACGACCCCAAGCGUUCAUACUUGUGACCCCCGGUGGGUUCCCGAGCCCAACUUUGGACUCAGUGCAAGCCGCGAAUCGGAAGCUAACUUCGUCGUCGUGUUGAACAAAAAUUUUUAUCUAAAUUUUCCUUUUAUUAUUAUUUGAAACAAAUGGCUGACAUUUUAUCAUUGAAAGAAUCAGUUCUGGUUUAUUUAGACAGAAGUGGUGGUCUUCAGAAACUUGCGGACGACUGCAGACCUCUAAACGGUAAUAAUUUAGCUGGAGGCUACAUGAAGCUAUAUUUACCGUUGCUAACUAAGUUUUGCUCCUCCUCAUCAGACACCCAGGAGACCGAGGCAGUCUACAGGUUCAGGGUUCUUGUAAAUCCUUCAGAUUUAAUAGAAAUGGAUCCUAGACUAGGGGACUGUGUCCUGCAUGAUCCCCUCAGAGCGACCGGUCUGUUUCAGUCAGUGUGUUUUUUGGCUAUAAAAACACUUUCACUUACUGACAAAAUACAUACAGCGAGUCAGGUGAAUGUUUCUCUGAAUUUUACACAUCUUCCUCCAUUCCCUGAGUACACGUUGGACCUUAGCGGUUUUCACCAAGUGUACGGUCCCAUGAGGCCCGUCUCCAUGGAGGGGGCAGUCAUUGCCAUAACGAGGGUCACAAAAUACACCCAGGGGGCAAGAUUCCUCUGUACUGAUGAUGACUGCCCUGGCUCUACAGGGUUCCACCACAUCCGGGUCCAUGCACCUGGAGCCACCGAGUCAGCCACGGUGAGAAAUGACUUCAGCUGCAUGAUCUGCAGCUCCCAGCUGAAGGAGGAUGUGAAGUUUAGAGUAUUAGGAGACAAACAGCUGGUGGAGCUGAUCCAUGUCGAAGCGUUGGAUGUCCUGAGAGGCCGACGGCAGAGCUCUUUCAGAUACCAAUCUGUCACUCUGUUUCUCAGAGACGAACUGUGCCACUCGAUGACAAUCGGUCGACUCUACAGGGUGGUAGGCAUCCCUGUGCUUGUGCAUCAGUGGCCGAGCAUUACCUGGAGCGUGGAGGCAAACAGCGUUCAGCCGUGGGAGCCGCAACCUCUGCCUCCAGGCUGCCGUAAAGAGUCCCCCAGAUUUCUGGAGCUGUCGGAGCGCGUGGCUCCUUCUCCCUGGAGGUUCCCCGCCAUCGUCGCUCACUGCUUUGGGCUGGACCUGACUCCUCCCGGCUUGUACAACACACUUAAACUGUGUCUGCUGCUCAGCUUGGUGCAGACCCGAACCGAUGCAGACGAUCCCAGUUUGGAUCUCCUGGUGGUCACGGCUGACACACUCGUGUUAGACAGACUAAUGGCGUACAGUUUGAGUCUGGCGUGUCGCGGGGUCAGACAUCAGGCCUCCGCUGAGAUGUUUGCCUCUCUGUCCCGAGACGAACGGGGAGCAGGAACCGCCAACAUCCACGCUGGCUCUGCACUGCUCGCCUCUGGGGGCAUUUGCAUGCUGGGAGAUCUUAGCUUUUACAGAAAGGACAAACUGGACUACAUUCAGUCAGUUCUGGAGAGCCGCUCUGUGUCUGUGUUCAUCCCUGGGAAGAAGUACGGAGAGGAAGCUGACCAGCAGCUUUCCUUUCCAGUCCAGUGCAACUUCUGGGCUCUCACAGACUCCUCUCAGCGCUCUGGGAGGGCGGACUCAGCUGUACUGGGAACUGCAGAAACGGGUCCUGUGCCGGCCCAGCUAGCGGAAACCUUUGGCCUCGUCAUUCAGUGUGGAGACAGGGUGGGAGAGCGGGGCGCGGUCGCCCAGGCGCUCCACACCCUCCAGCAGGCUGUGCAGCCUGGAAGUCACCCUCAUCCAUCCUGCUGGGAGUUUUCCACUGAAGACUACCAGGAGCUGGUGGCUCGUUCUCGUGGCUUGCAAGUGGAGCUCAGCCCCGAAGCAAAGAAACUGAUCCACGGUUACUACAUGGCGAGCCGUCGAGCUCGCACUCGGAGUCAGGGAGUCAAGAUUUCUUUGGCCUCCAUCAAACUGCUGAUCUCUUUGGCCGAGGCUCACUGCAAGCUCUGCCUCAGGACUAAAGUGGUGGAGGAAGACGCGGUGAUCGCUGUGCUGCUGUGUGAAAACUCUGUCACUCUCAAGCAUGGGGCCUCUGCCCUCGUUAUCCCCCCUGACGCAGUUUUUCCUUGCAACUUGGAAGAUGUGGACGGUCUACAAAGGAGAGACGCCGCUCUGGACGAGCUUCACCAGAUUAUCUUACGCUUUGUCUAUACAUUUGCGCCAGGAGCCGAUGCGUAUAUUACAGAGGAGUAACAUCUCUCAAAAUAUUCAGUAAGUGUUCGAGUCAAAUGGGCAAUAUAGGUGGUGGCUAGUAUCAACACGUCGAGUUUGGACAGCUUGGUAUCCGGCGGCACCGACGGUAAA